AUGCUAGAAAGUAAUAUAUUAUGGGUUAGCGAGUAUAAUUUAACAGAAUCUCUUCAAGAUAAGCCUGCAUGUCUAUUAAUGGUUAUAUCCGAACCAGAUAAAGACGUUCGUUUUCAUUCAAUAUCUGAUUUCAUUACAGCAGCAAACACACUUGGAUCUAGAUGCUUUUUUGCCAUAAUGUCUGGCGAAAGAAACUAUAAAUUUACAAAAUCACAUUCAAUUAAAGACGAAAAAGCAUACUUUUUCUUUAGAUACGGAAUAUUGAUCCAUCAGUUCAAUGGAAAGACUACAACAGAGGGAUUAGUCGAUUUUACAAUGUCUAAAACCGGAAUUCCGUUUACAACAUUCGAUGAUUACGUAACAGCUCAAGAUUUUAUUGAAGGACAUGAAAAUGUUCUCGUGCUAUACUCAAAUUCGUUAAAAGGAAAGCUUUUUGACAAAUUUAAUUCCAUUGCAUCUCAAAUGCGCGAUAAUAUAUCAUUUGGAUUAUGCCCUGAUGAAGAAAUUGCUUUAGAAUUAGAUAUCGAAUCAUCCCCUGCUUUAGUUCUUUACAGAAACGCUGAUAAACAAAAAAUUUUUUACAAAGACUCACUCAAAGAUUCUACAGAAAAGGACAUUUCGUCAUGGCUUACCUAUAACAUGAAGCCAAUGUUCCAUCCUUUCAAUAUUAAUAAUCAAAAAUCUUAUAUUGGCGGUUUACCAGUCGCUUUGUUCUUUACACCAGUAGAUAUCGAUGCAAAGAAUGAAGCCUUCAAGUUUAUUUCUAAACUUGCCGCUCAAUAUAGUAAUGAUUUGUAUUUUGCCCAAAUUGAUGCAGUUACAGGUAACAGAUUCAUGCAAUCGCUUGGCUUUAGUCGAUAUGCAGAUCCUUGUGUGGCCAUUCUACACUAUCAGAACAAAAAACCACUGAAAUAUCUUUAUGAUGAAGAAGCUGAAUGGAGUUUUGAAGAUGUUUCAAACUUUUUCGGAGAAUUCCUUGAUGGCAAACUCAAACCUCGUAUAAAGAAGUCCAAAUUACCUGAAAAUGAUAAAGGUCCAGUAUUCGAAGUUAAUUCUGACACACUGAACGAAACAAUUCGUAAUAAUACUGUUAUAUUAUAUUAUGAACCAUGGGAUAACGUAUACAAUGCGUUUUUGAAGCAAUUUGAAGAAGUUGCAAAAGAAUAUUUGAAUCGAAUUAAAUUUACAAAGAUAAACGUUGCAGAAAACGACAUUUUCACUGGGAUGAGAAUUAAAUCCACUCCUGCAAUUGUUCUAUACAACAAAGGAGAAAAAAUUUUAUUCAAAGGUGAACUAACAAAGAAGGAACUUAUUAAUUUCCUUAAAGACGAACUCGAUGACUUCAUGGACUUAUGA